AUGGUACAUGGACAUAGCUUCCAUCACGUUGUUGCAAGUCUUCUUCUACUUGGCUUGUCUGGCGCAACAAAGAGAGAUCCAUCAGUGAAAAACAAUUCUGGAGUGAAACCAGCCGGUCAAUGUGGCACAUGGGUGAAAGAAUCAGAAGGAGGUCUCUUCACUUCUCCCAAUUACCCAAACAAAUACCCCCCAGACACAGAGUGUGUGUACAUCCUUGAAGCACCCCCAAGGCAGUGCAUUGAGCUCCACUUUGAGGAGCAUUAUUCGGUAGAGUCCUCUUGGGAAUGUAAAUUUGACAACAUUGAAGUUCGCGAUGGUCCUUUCGGCUUCUCUCCUAUGCUCGGACGCUAUUGCGGUCAGCACAGCCCGCCGGACAUCAGGAGUAGCGGCCGUUACCUGUGGAUAAAAUUUGUUACGGAUGGCGAAUUGGAGGCUGUGGGAUUUUCAGCCAGUUACAACUUCACUGCAGAUCCAGACUUUUCAGACAUGGGAGUACCACCACCCCUACCCUCGUGUCAGUACGACAUGGUUGGUCCGGAAGGCAUCGUUGAGUCUCGUCAGAUCACCAGAGACGGGAAAGCUGGAGCCAACGAGGCCGUCGACUGCAAAUGGUACAUCCGGGCGCCGCCACGGUCCAAGAUCUACUUGCGCUUUCUUGACUACGAGAUGGCCAACUCCAACGAGUGCAAGCGCAACUUUGUGGCAGUGUAUGACGGCGGCAGUUCAGUGGAGGACCUGAAGAGCAAGUUCUGCUCCACUGUGGCCAAUGACCUCAUGUUAGUGUCGACGUUAGGCGUCAUCCGGAUGUGGGCGGACGAGGCCAGCCGGAAAAGCCGCUUCCGCAUCCUUUUCACGACCUACCAAGAACCUCCAUGUGAUCCAGAUGCCUUCUUCUGUCACAGUAACAUGUGCAUAAACAACACACUGGUGUGUAACGGCCAGCAGAAUUGUGUGUAUCCUUGGGAUGAGAAUCAGUGUAAAGAGAAGACGAAAGCCAACAUCCUAGACAACCUGAACAACACAAACGGGACCAUCAUUGGCGUAACCUGCUGCAUCGUCCUUCUCCUCCUCAUCAUUUCCGUCAUUGUCCAAAUUAAGCAGCCUCGCAAAAAAUACAUACUGCGGCGUGAGGACUUUGACCCGACCAUGUUCCAAGAGGUCUUCGAGCCGCCUCAUUACGAGCUGUGCACUUUACGCAGCGCCGCCACCACCGCUGCCUCAGCAGACCUAGUAGACCUUGCAGAAGACUUUGAGAACUACCACGCUCUCCGUCGUGCCUCCUCGCGCUGCAUCCACGACCACCACUGUGGCUCGUCCUCCAACCCGGGCUCGGCCCACAUAUCCCAGCUGUCCCUCAGCGGACGAGGGAGCCGCGGUAACCUGAGCUCGCGGGACGCGGCAGCAGCCAGCCUCCUCGCGGACCUCCCGCAGCCUCCCAUGUCCGUGAGGCCUCUGCUACCUAGCGGGGGGAACCGGAGGAGCAUCUUGGUCAUGAAGCACAGCUACUCACAAGAGGGAGCGGACAAUGGUUGUGACCUGGAUGACGACCUGGAUGAAGUUCCAACCACCAGCCACCGGCUUUCGCGCCACGAAAAGGCAGUACAGCGGUUCUGCCUCAUUGGCUCUUUGAGCAAACAUGAAUCAGAGUACAACACAACUAGGGUCUAA